ACACGCGUCGGGCUCUCAGUGCGUCUCUGCAGGUUGCGCGCUCCAGGAAAACGCAUUGGAAGACGCAACCGGUUAUACGUGUGUAAUUUAAUGCGCUUGUCAAUUUUAAAGGGAGAUAGUUCUCGAGUUGCCGAAAUGUGGGAACAAAAUAUCAAGUAGUACCAGCGAUAACGUUUCAAUCACCGUUUAUCUGGAUUGGCUCAUUUAUUUCUCUGAGACUCUGUGCGCAAAAGUGAAUCAUGGUUUCGUUGCUGGAUUUAAGCGCUCUUGUUGUGCUGCUCGUAUGGGGAUACUGCGUCCUGGCGGACACGGUCUUUACGAACUUUACUUUGGACAACGAGGUCCACUCUAGUUUCAUCCAUCGGCGCUUAAAGAGUCAGGAGCGCCGGGAGAUGCAGCGGGAGAUCCUGUCAAUCCUCGGGUUACCGCACCGGCCGCGGCCGCACCUCCACGGCAAGCACAACGCCGCGCCGAUGUUCAUGCUGGAUCUGUACAAUGCCAUGUCCACUGAGGGAGACGAGGAGGGCUUCUCGUACCCAUACAAACCAGUUUUCACCACUCAGGGACCGCCAAUCGCGACGCUACAGGACAACAACUUCUUGAACGACGCGGACAUGGUCAUGAGUUUCGUUAAUCUAGUCGAACAUGAUAAGGAGUUUUUGCCUGUGCGGCGCCAUCACAGAGAAUUCCGAUUUGACCUGUCCAGGAUUCCAGAGGGUGAGGCAGUGACGGCUGCAGAGUUCCGGAUCUACAAGGACUUUGUUCCGGAACGCUUUGAAAACGAGACCUUCCAUGUCAGUGUCUACCAGGUGUUGGAAGAACAUUCAGACAGGGAUUCAGACCUGUUCCUGUUAGACUCACGUGUGAUCUGGGCAGCAGAAGAGGGUUGGCUGGUGUUUGACAUCACAGCCACUAGUAACCACUGGGUUUUGAACCCAGGAAGGAAUCUGGGCCUCCAGCUGGCUCUGGAAAGUUUGGAUGGCCAGAGUGCGAAUCCAUGGGUGGCUGGGCUGGUGGGUCGAAGCGGCCCCCAGAGCAAACAACCCUUCAUGGUGGCCUUCUUCAAAGCUACAGAGGUCCACAUCCGCAGCAUCCGCUCUGCACAAGGCGGCAGCAAGCAGCGCAAUCCCAACCGCUCGAAAACCGCCAAGGGCCAGGAGGCCCUGCACGUAGACAACAUUGCAGAGAACAACAGUGCUGAUCAGAAGCAGGCCUGUAAGAAACACGAGUUGUAUGUUAGUUUUCGGGACCUUGGAUGGCAGGAUUGGAUUAUAGCUCCUGAAGGUUAUGCUGCAUAUUACUGUAUGGGAGAAUGUGCCUUUCCUCUUAAUUCCUAUAUGAAUGCAACAAACCAUGCCAUUGUACAGACACUGGUUCACUUCAUCAACCCAGAGACGGUUCCAAAACCAUGCUGCGCUCCUACACAACUCCACGCCAUCUCUGUCCUGUAUUUCGACGACAGUUCCAAUGUUAUCCUGAAAAAAUAUCGCAACAUGGUAGUCAGAGCAUGCGGCUGCCACUAGAGACCCGUCAUACACUCUCACUCUCACUCUCACACACAUACACACAUUCAUACUCUGCCUCUCACACCGUGUCCAAACCAGACAUGAUGCGUUAAAGUGACAACCGAGUAAAGGUUUUUCCUUCCAUGUUAAUCUGAGUUUUGGCCCUAACCAGCCAUGAGCGUGAAAAGCGACAAAUGACAGGAAAUUAGUUUAUGGCUUGGUUUCUAUUGCUAUGGUAUUGGGCUGGGUAGCCCCGCCAAUUGUGAACUCUCAUUAGUCCAAAAUCCUGCUUCUCAUAACAGUAUAUUAAACAUCAAUUAUGUUCUGAUUGGCUGCAAUUGUGCCACGUUGUGCAGCAGUUGAGUUAUGUGUUCAGACAAAUUGCUUUUCAAUUGCAUUGCAUCACAUCUGGUUUGGACAUCAUGUCAAACACACACAUAUGGAAAAACAUUAACACACAUAAUACACACAGUGACACAUUUGACCGCUCCUCAUUAACUUACAAAAAGGAGCACUCAAAAGUCCCCUUAUACCCUCUACAUAAGUAUAUCUCAGGCAAUUGGCCGAUUCCAGGAUUCGUUUUACCAUGGAUAAUUAGUAUUGGCUCUUUGGAAUGGGCAAAAUGGUCUUAUAUGGACAAUUAAUAUUUUGAAUAUGGCAAAACAUGUGAAAUUAUAUGUCCAAAAAGUUUCUGUCCAACUUGUCUCUUACACAAACAUAUGUAUGCACACAUAUACAUGCUCACAUGUACACACUUCUAUAUGAUACUUGUGCUUUCUACUGUGUAAAUAGUUUUUCAAUGAAAGAAACAAAAAGGUGUAUUUAUUUUCCUUGUCUUCCAACAUGGAGUAAAAUAAUAAUAAUAAUAAUAAAAUAAAUAAUACUUG